AAGAAGGUGUCAUGGCGACCUCCAUGCUGGGAUCAGUCCCCGGUCCAAGGCCGUUCGGUUUGGCUGGUCUGUUCCGUCGCCGACCGCCUCGGGAUCCGUGGGAACGUGUGCGGCGCCUGCCGAGGCUCUCGGCAGUCCGGCGCAGCGUGGCUGCAGCCAGCGGGCCGGGCAUCCCGGAUUCCCACCUCUAUUGCCUGGAGCUGCUGAGGAAACGGGAUUAUGAAAGCUACUUGUGUUCCUUACUGUUCCCUGCAGAGUGUCAAAGGUCUGCUUCUGCACUGCGGGCCUUCAAUGUGGAACUGGCUCAGGUUAAGGACUCGGUCUCUGAGAAAACAAUUGGCCUGAUGCGCAUGCAGUUCUGGAGAAAAGCUGUGGAAGACAUGUUCUGUGACAACCCGCCACACCAGCCAGUGGCCAUGGAGCUCUGGAAGGCUGUCAAGAGACAUAACCUAACUAAAAGGUGGCUCCUGAGAAUCAUCGAUGAAAGAGAGAAAAACCUGGAUGACAAAGCAUACCGCAGCAUCCGGGAACUUGAAACCUACGCUGAGAACACGCAGAGUUCCCUGCUCUACCUGACACUGGAGGUGCUGGGCGUGAAGGAUGUUCAUGCAGAUCAUGCUGCAAGCCACAUUGGAAAGGCACAAGGCAUUGUGACAUGCUUGAGAGCAACUCCCUAUCACAGUAGCCGGAGACAAGUAUUCCUGCCCAUGGAUGUGUGUGUACAGCAUGGUGUUUCACAAGAAGACUUUCUACGGAGAAAUCAAGAUAAAAAUGUGAGAGAUGUAGUAUAUGACAUUGCCAGCCAGGCACACUUGCACCUAAAGCAUGCGAGGUCCUUCCACAGUCGCGUUCCUGCCGAAGCAUUUCCUGCUUUUCUUCAGACGGUUUCUCUAGAGGACUAUUUAAAGAAAAUCCAGCGAGUGGACUUUGAUAUAUUCCAUCCGUCUUUACAGCAGAAGAAUACGUUACUUCCGUUAUCUUUAUAUAUUCAAUCAUGGAGAAAAAGAUACUAAAAUGUUUUAUGUUGCUGAUUUA